UUCUUUAUUAGUAGCUCGCUGUGGCAAAUGAGACUCGGUGCAUGUUCCCUCUCUCUCUCUCUCUCUCUCUCUCUCUCUGUUGCAUCAUGCUUUGACCUGAAAGGCUGAAAUAUCAAUUGUCAACUUUCAUACUCAACUCCUUAUGAAAUCUGGGAUUCUGUUUCCACUCUGAUCUCGAGGAUCCAGAUUUCAGAAGAUAUCAUAUAAAAUUGGAGCUUUUCGUGGUUCUCUUCUCCUACUCUCUCUUCAAUGAUGUCAUACCCGUCUCAUAACUAAAUUUCCCAGUUCACCCCCAAUCCUCAUCGCUUCUUUUCCAAAAUCUUGCUCUGGGAAGCGAUUCUUUUUCAGCUUUGUAUCUUGUGAACUUGAAUUCCGGGAAAAAGAAAUGGUACCCAACUCUGUUGUGGUCACGAUUGAGAAGCCUAGCAACUUCUCUUUACUGGAGGUCAAUGGUUCCGAUUCAUCAUUGUUCCGGGAUAAACAGAAGGCUGCAAGUCCCAAGCAGUUUUCAUGGGUUCUUCUUCUCAAAGCUCACAGAUUUCUGACUGGUCUUUCAUGGCUAGCCAUGGCUUUCAGGGCCAUGUUUGCUUCAAUUAAGAAACGCAUUGCCUUGUCUGAUGUAAGUGAGGAAGAACCCAAAAGCAGAGGAAGGUUGUACAGAUUUAUCAAAGUUUUUCUACUCAUUUCAAUUCUAGCUUUGGUGUUAGAAGUCGUUGCUCAUUUCAAGAAAUGGAAUCUGCAAAUGAUACAGCCUUGGGAGGUUCAGGGUCUUGUGCAGUGGUCCUAUGUGGCUUGGCUGUCUUUUAGAGUAGAAUACAUUGCUCCUUUUGUGAUAUUGCUUUCUAAAUUCUGCAUUGUGCUAUUCUUGAUUCAAUCUCUCGAUCGGCUAGUUCUAUGUUUCGGGUGCUUCUGGAUCAAGUACAAGAAGUUGAAACCCAAAAUAGAAGGAGAAACUUAUGAUACUGAGAAUUCAUCUAGUUUCCCGAAGGUUCUGGUUCAGAUUCCCAUGUGCAAUGAGAGAGAGGUGUAUGCGCAAUCAAUUGCUGCUGCCUGUGAGCUCGAUUGGCCGAUGAACCGACUUUUAAUUCAAGUCCUAGACGAUUCAGAUGACGGAAAUCUACAGCUUCUGAUAAAAAACGAAGUUUCCUCUUGGCACGAGAAAGGGAUCAACAUCGUAUACAGACAUAGACUCAUCAGAACAGGCUACAAAGCUGGCAAUCUAAAAUCAGCCAUGGCCUGUGACUAUGUCAAAGAUUAUGAAUUUGUUGCAAUUCUCGAUGCAGAUUUCCAGCCCAAUCCCGAUUUCCUUAAACUGACAAUUCCUCACUUCAAGGGAAAUCCUGAGCUGGGUCUUGUCCAGGCUCGCUGGUCAUUUGUGAACAAGGAUGAGAAUCUGCUUACAAGGCUCCAAAACAUCAACCUCUGCUUCCAUUUUGAGGUGGAACAGCAGGUGAAUGGUGUUUUUCUCAAUUUCUUUGGAUUUAACGGAACGGCAGGUGUUUGGAGAAUCGAGGCUCUGGAGGAAUCAGGAGGCUGGCUGGAGAGAACCACUGUCGAGGAUAUGGACAUUGCGGUUCGAGCGCACUUGAAUGGAUGGAAAUUCAUGUUCCUCAAUGAUGUCAAAGUGCUGUGUGAAUUGCCGGAGUCUUAUGAAGCUUACAAGAAACAACAGCAUCGCUGGCACUCGGGUCCCAUGCAGCUCUUCCGCAUGUGCUUUCCUGCUAUCAUAACUUCCAAGAUAUCGAUGUGGAAGAAAGCCAACUUGAUAUUUCUUUUCUUUCUGCUAAGGAAACUUAUACUUCCCUUUUACUCAUUCACAUUGUUCUGUAUCAUACUUCCAUUGACCAUGUUCAUACCUGAGGCAGAAGUGCCUAUUUGGGUAAUCUGUUAUGUCCCAAUUUUCAUGUCUCUUUUGAACAUUCUCCCAGCACCCAAAUCUUUCCCUUUCUUGGUUCCAUACCUACUGUUUGAGAACACAAUGUCAGUUACAAAAUUCAAUGCCAUGGUCUCUGGGCUGUUUCAGCUAGGAAGCUCUUAUGAGUGGGUAGUGACCAAGAAGACAGGAAGAUCAUCUGAAUCAGAUUUGUUGGCAUUUGCCGAGAGGGAAUCCAAGUCUUCAGGUGAAGAGAAGAUCCUUAGGAGGCAUUCUGAAUCUGGUUUAGAAUUGUUGAGCAAACUUAAGGAGCAAAACGUCCCUUCUGUGAAGAAGAGAAAUAAGCUCUAUAGGAAGGAACUUGCGCUUGCUUUUCUUCUACUCACUGCAUCUGUCAGGAGCCUCUUAUCGGCACAUGGAGUUCAUUUCUAUUUCUUGCUGUUCCAAGGGUUGUCUUUCCUGGUUGUGGGCUUGGAUUUAAUUGGAGAGCAGCUGAGCUGAAAUGGAAAUACAUUGAAUAUACUGAAAUUAAAGAGCAAAAAUGGAAAUUCCCAUAUAUUUAUUGUUGUAGUUGUUUAUUAUUCUUAUUAUGCUUAAAGACUUCUGCUUUACAGACCUCCGAAAGGAAUUUGUUGGCUUUCAUGAUGAAAGAA